AUGGCAACGGCCUGGAGUAGAAGCAGACUCGGUUUCCGUGAGUCAUGGCCACUGCACCACCCCCAACAUGACUUCUGCUACUAUCUUCCUCCUGUCUGGCUCAUUAUCAGUCUGGCCUUCUUCUUUCUUAUGGAGGUAUCUGGAGUAGAAGCGAGAGUACUCAUGAGCAGCAAGGGGUGCUUGGAGAGGGAGAGGGACGCUCUCUUGCUUUUCAAAGCCGCCAUGAAAGAUCCUUCAGCCCGCUUGUCUUCGUGGCGUGCCCAAGUAGACUGCUGCGCUUGGACUGGCGUCGUCUGCCACAACAGAACGGGCAGCGUACGAGUGGCCGAGCUCAACCUUGGAAAUCCAAAUGAGGGAACCAAUUGGAUGGGGUACAGAUUGAGGGGUGAGCUGCUGCAUCCUUCAUUAUUGUCUUUAAAGCAUUUGCAAAGCUUAAAUCUGAGUGGCAAUGACUUUGAGGCCACCCAAAUUCCACCACUCGUUGGUUCUCUUCACCCACUGAGGUAUCUUGAUCUUUCUUACACCAACUACAGUGGAACCAUUCCUCCUCAUCUUGGAAACUUAACUAAUCUUCGUCUUCUUUAUCUCAGCCCAUAUUAUAAUUCUGCCAAAGUUGUUGUCCACAGCCUAGACUGGCUCUCCGGCCUUUCUUCUUUGAAGUUUCUGGACAUGUCGUUUUUGGAUCUCAGCGCUGCCUCCCAUAAUUGGGUAUCAGCAAUCAACAUGUUACCUUCCCUACAACAAUUAAUUCUAUAUAAUUGUAGUCUUAGUAAUAUUACCCCCCUCCCUCUAAAUUCCCAUCUCAAUCUCACUUCUCUCCUGACUCUUAAUCUUGGUCGGAACAACUUCAACUCUUCUUUUCCCAACUGGUUGUUUAAUCUCACGAGCCUCUCGUCUCUUCAACUUGAUUACUCUGGAAUUCGAGGGGCAUUGCCUAAUGAAAUUGGCAACUUAAUCAGCCUAACAUAUCUUGAUCUUUCCUGGAAUUUGCUCCAUGGUCCCCUUCCUGAUGGGCUUAUGAACUUAUCAAGCUUGUCCACACUGAAGUUAAAGAAUUGUUCACUUUCUGGACCAAUACCAAUUGAGAUUGGUAAAUUGUCCAACCUAAAUGUUCUUGACCUCUCUUUUAAUUCCUUUAAGGGUGAAGUUACUGAGCUCCACCUUUCCAACCUAACUAAACUAGUGGUCUUGUCAUUGAUUGAAAACCCCGUCCUUACUAUACCAGUAAAACACACUUGGACCCCUCCUUUCCAGUUACUAAGCAUUAGCUUAGGUAAUUGUAAGUUAGGUCCUGAAUUUCCUGCAUGGCUCCGUUCACAACAAUCCCUCACGGAGAUUAUGUUGGGCGAUACAAGUAUUGAGGGUAACCUGCCUGAAUGGGUUUGGAACUCUUUUUCCAACAUUACUUAUCUAGAUCUCUCGAACAACAAAAUUACUGGUACUUUGCCUGCAUCCUUGGAGAGUUUGAAUAAACUAUCCACUCUAAGUCUUGGUUCAAAUCUACUUGAAGGUCCAAUUCAUCAUUUGCCACCCAGCAUACAUUUUCUAGACCUAUCUUUUAAUGCUUUUUCAGGGCCACUGCCACCAACCUUAUUCAUGCCUCAAUUAAAUGUUAUAUUUCUCUCACAUAAUCAUAUUAAUGGAAGCAUACCAUCCAAUGUCUGUAAUUCUCAUACACUUGAAUACCUCGGCUUAUCAAAUAACAAAAUAUCUGGAGAAAUUCCUCAAUGUUGGCAGGAGGGUUCAUUUCUUAAAUAUAUUCAUUUGGGAAACAAUAUGCUCUCUGGAGAAAUUCCAAGCUCUCUGGGCAACUUGAUGAGACUUCAAUUCUUGCACUUGAAUAAUAAUAAUUUAAAAGGUGGUCUCCCAUCAUCAUUGCAAGAUUGCAAACAGUUAGCGAUUGUUGAUCUUGGUAACAAUAAAAUCUCUGGAAAUAUACCUUCAUGGAUUGGACAAAGCUGGCAGCAGUUGCGCAUUCUUCAACUCCGCUCAAAUAUGUUCGAUGGCAAUAUUGAUCCAAAACUUUGCUAUUUGAAGGAUUUGCAAAUUAUUGACCUUGCAAAUAAUAAUUUAUCCGGGCCAAUACCAAGUACCUUUGAAAAUUUAAGCUCCAUGAUUUCCACAUCAUCACCAAUACAACUUGGAAAAAUAGUUUUUCAUAUGACCUAUUUUGUGGACAUGACUUACUGGGAUGUCAUAACUUUAGUUAUAAAAGGGAGUCAAUAUGACUUUUUGUCUAUUCUCUAUCUUGUAAAAAGUAUAGAUCUUUCAAAUAAUAGUUUGACCAAUGAGAUUCCUAAAGAAUUAGGAUAUCUUGCCAGACUCCAAACUUUGAAUUUAUCAAGAAACUAUUUCAGAGGCAAGAUCCCAAAUAGUAUUGGCGGAAUGAGUUCAUUGGAAACUCUAGAUUUAUCCUUCAACAAUUUAUCAGGAGUUAUUCCUCAAGGCUUAUCAGAAUUAAAUGCUUUGAACCAUUUAAACUUGUCUUAUAACAACUUAUCAGGAAACAUUCCCACGGGAUAUCAACUUCAAACAUUAGAUGAUGCAACUAUUUAUAUUGGCAAUCCUUAUCUUUGUGGAAAGUUGGUAAACAAGAGUUGUUUUCAUGGAAACAAUAUCAAUGUGAUAAGCAAGGAGCAUGCAAUGUUGUCACCAAUAUUUUCAAUCUGGCUCGGCGGCGCACUUGGAUAUAUUGUUGGAUUAUGGAGUGUGUUUGUCCCCCUACUAUUCAAGAAAAAAUGGAGGUACUCUUACUUUAAAAAAGUGGAUGAAAUUUAUGAUAAAUUUUAUGUGGUGAUCAAGAAAUUGUUCGGGCUAAAGAUGACAAAAAGAAUCGAUCUGAGCCAGCACAUCAACAUAUUCAAUCAGAUUGUAAGUGAUCUGAAGUGUGUUGAUGUGAAGAUAGAAGACGAGGACAAGGCGCUGAUGUUGUUGAAUUCUUUACCUUCAUCUCCUACGUAUGAGAAUUUGGUUACAACUUUGAUGUGGGGUAAGAAAACUCUCAAAUUGGAGGAGAUCACAUGUGCGUUGCUGGGUUUUCACCAAAGGAAGAAAACAAGUGACGAAGUUUCUCAAGGAUCAAAUCGAGAAGGCUCGUUCUAA